GCAAUUGCACAGAUUCAAGAAUUGUUAAGUGAACGAAAGGAAAUUCUAGAAAAGUACAAUAAUCCCAUGCAACCACUUCCUGUUUUGCUUGGCCCUCUGAGCAACAUACGUCAGAGCUUUGUUGUCUUGGAUGAUACACGUUGGGAAUUGCAUGAUCCUUUUACUGCGUUCAUUGCAACAUUCAAGAUUUUCUUCGGACUGAACACCGGCUUCCCAUUUGAGUCAAGACAUCUCUGGCUUUUCCUUCAAAAGACUUUGUUUGGCAUUUCUUCAGACAAAGACUACACUGGUCAUAGAGGCCUUAGGUCCUUCAUUGCUGCACGUUUAAAAGAAUUUGAUCAGUAUGAAGUGCCCCCAUUGUAGUUUGCCCCUGGUGUCAGUAGACGCUUACAAGGCUCACCGCAUUAUUUCUCAUGCCUCUCAACAAUUUUGUUGUCUGCGUAGUGGUUGUUCUCGUACUUAUCCUACUUGGAACUCAUUUA